AACGGUUUUCAAACUUCGCUGAAUCAUUUUCAUUUGAGUUGUUUUUUCAAUUUUUUUUUUUGAUUAUUUUUUAAAAAGGUCUUAAUCUUAAACUUUCAAUCGUUUCAUUCGUAAUCAAAAAUGCCUGCUGAAAAUCUUGAAGAUGAAAGUUUAGCUAAAAAUCCAAAUUUGGAAUUAGCUCAAUGGCUUUUUUUAUUGACCAUCGAAGAUAAUGCGGCUAUUCGACAGAAUCUUAUGGAUGCCAUUGUUCAAAAUGACAUGGCACCUUUCUAUAAAAUGGUUUGUGAAACUCUAAAAUGGCCAAUUAACGAAGAACUUUAUGAAAAAAUGAAAAAGAAAAAUGAUGAAAAAAUUAAAGAAUUUGAUUUUGCUAUCGAAGAUGCGGAAAAAAAUCUCGGUGAAAUGGAAGUUCGUGAAGCUAAUCUUGCCAAAGCUGAAUAUUAUAGUUUGAUUGGCGAUAAAGAAAAUACAAUGUCUGCUUUUCGAAAAACAUAUGAUAAAACAGUGUCGUUGGGACAUCGUUUAGACCUAUUGUUUCACAUUAUUCGUAUCGGUCUUUUUUAUUUGGAUCAUAAAUUAAUUGCUACCAAUAUUGAAAAAGCGAAAGAACUCAUUGAAGAAGGUGGCGACUGGGAUCGUCGAAAUCGAUUACGUGUCUAUCAAGGUUUUUAUUGCAUCACUAUUCGUGAUUUUCAACAAGCUGCAUCACUUUUUUUGGACACAAUUUCGACUUUCACUUGCUAUGAACUUUGUGAUUACAAAACUUUUGUAGCCUAUACUGUCAUUACUGCAAUGAUUUCUUUGCCCAGAGUUCAACUCCGAAAAAAUGUCAUCAAAGGUGCUGAAAUCCUGGAAGUACUUCAUGGUAAUCCUGAAUUGCGAGAAUUUUUAUUCUCGCUAUACGAAUGCAAUUAUAGUAAAUUUUUUGAAAAACUUUGCUGGAUCGAAUACUUUAUGAAAAAAGAUCGAUUGUUUCAGCCACAUUUUCGAUUCUACAUUCGCGAAAUGCGUAUCCUUGCCUAUAAUCAAUUAUUGGAAUCGUAUCGAAGUUUGGAACUUAAAUAUAUGGCCGAUGCUUUCGGUGUGACUGUCAAUUUUAUCGAUCAAGAAUUGGCUCGUUUUAUCGCUGCUGGAAGACUUUUUUGUAAAAUCGAUAAAGUCAACGGUAUUGUCGAGACCAAUAGACCGGAUGCAAAAAAUCAUCAGUAUCAAGCAUGCAUUAAACAUGGCGAUAUUCUAUUAAAUCGAAUUCAGAAAUUGAGUCGAGUUAUCAAUAUAUAAAAGGGACACAUUGAAAAUAUUCUUUUAUCUAAAAAAUAAAAUAUCCUUUUCAAAAGAUA